CUGCAUGAGUUUCUCAAUGUUGGCAAGGGGAUUUCUGAUGACAUUGCACGAAGAUUUCCAGUGUAUGCUUUGGACUUCACUGACGGUGUUAUUGGAAACAACAAAGCUAUAGGAAAGUACAUCACAACAAUGAUCUUUCUGUAUUUUGCCUGCCUCCUUCCAUCCAUUGCAUUUGGGUCACUCAAUGAUGAAAAUACCCGAGGAGCUAUUGAUGUGCAGAAGACAAUCGUCGGCCAGUGUAUUGGAGGGCUGCUUUACGCGCUCUUCUCGGGGCAACCUCUAGUUGUGCUCCUAACCACGGCUCCUUUAGCACUCUACAUUAAUGUCAUCCGAGGAAUUUGUGAUGACUACAACUUGGAUUUCAGUGCUUUCUAUGCCUGGAUUGGACUGUGGAACAGUUUUUUCCUUGUGAUGUACUCCCUCUUUAAUUUCAGUCUUCUGAUGAAGCUCUUUAAAAGGUCAACAGAAGAGAUAAUUGCACUUUUUAUAUCCAUCACGUUUGUGCUUGAUGCCUUCAAAGGUAUUAUUAAAGUUUUUAAGAAAUAUUACUACCAUGGGCGCACAGGAGACAGUUACUUGGAAAAAGCACGAACUGAUGCUAUUCCAAGCCUCGGCAUCAAUACCACCUUCUUGAUGAAUUCAUCAGUGAGCAGAUCCAUGUCCCUAGAGAAUCAAACAGGCACGCAUGAUGUGCAUUAUGGACGUGAAACUGCCGUCCUUAGUCUCAUGUUGAUGUUGGGUACCCUUUGGCUUGGUCAUACGCUCUAUCAGUUUAAGAAAAGCCCAUAUCUACAUGCGAGAGUACGUGAAAUUCUGUCCGACUGUGCCUUACCGAUUUCAGUCCUGACUUUCUCUGUUGUGGGUUCCUAUAUCUUCAAGGAAAUUGAAAUGUCCAAAUUUAACUACAACCCAUCUGAGAGCUUGUUCGUGCUGGCCCCAGUCCAGUCCCUCUCCAUUGGGUCAGUGAUGAGUGCCAUGGGACUGGGGUUCCUCCUAUCAAUGCUCUUCUUCAUCGAGCAGAACAUUGUGGCAUCACUCACAAAUGCCCCGGAGAACAGGUUGGUGAAGGGAACAGCUUAUCACUGGGACCUCCUGCUCGUUGCACUGAUUAACACAGGGCUGUCAGUCUUCGGCCUCCCAUGGAUCCAUGCUGCCUUCCCUCACUCCCCAAUGCACGUCCGUGCCCUGGCCUACGUGGAGGAGAGGGUUGAAAAUGGACACAUCUAUGAGACGAUUGUGAGCGUGAAGGAGACUCGGCUGACAAGUCUUGUGGCAAACUUCUUGGUUGGUCUCUCGCUCCUGCUCCUCCCAUUCCCUCUCCAAUGGAUCCCAAAGCCAGUCCUCUAUGGCCUCUUCCUCUAUAUCGCGUUGACCUCCAUUGAUGGUAACCAGCUCUUUGAAAGGGUGGCUCUCCUGCUCAAAGAACAGACUGCUUAUCCUCCGACACAUUACAUCCGCCGAGUGCCCCAGAGGAAGAUCCACUAUUUCACAGGCUUGCAGGUCCUGCAGCUCCUCAUCCUCUGUGGUUUUGGCAUGUCACCAUUGCCCUACAUGAAGAUGAUCUUCCCACUCAUCAUGAUAGGAAUGAUCCCAAUCAGGUAUAACCUGCUCCCUAGGAUCAUUGAAGCCAAGUACUUGGAUGCUAUGGAUGCAGAGCACUAAACGGGGUCCCCCCGCACACAGAGCAGCGAGGACAGCUCUUUCAGAGUUGGAAGGCAGCUUUGCCGAGGCGUAGAACAAUUUAUCUGCAGUUCUUUUCUUUCACCACUUUCUUUCUGCUCUCCUAUGGCGUUGGUAAUGCACACACCUAUCAAAGACCAAUUGAGCGUUGAAGUGUCAGACCAAAACAGCCUUGGACUUGGGAGGCCGAUGCUCUUUGGAGUUGUGAGGCAAGCAAGCUUUAUGGAAAUGCUACUUUCUACAUCCCAAAACUGGAAACCCCAAAGAUCAGCAUGUCCGUAUGGUUGGAGCAUGGGUCCUCAGAGUUGUCACGUGUUCCCUUGUUUGAG